CCCGCCGCGCAGGCGCAAGCCUCCACGGAGCCCUACACCGCAGGCGCAAACCGCUCCUGCCUAGCUCUCUUGCGCAGGCGCGCUGCCGGUUUCUUCAGGGCCGACGCUCCACAGGCGAAGUAUUUCCCUGCUAGAGGCGGCGACCACAGAGAGAGGUCCGGAACCGGCGACGAAAACGCCUCGGAUGCGUUUUCGCAGGCCACCAGGUGGCCCUCUUGGCUUUACUUGCGUUGGCGGUCACCCUUGGUUGCCCAGGGAGCCGUCCGGGGGCGCUGAGUGAAGGCGGAGCCGUGGAAACGCCCCUGCGCUUGCGCGCAUACGGCGGCCGGUAGGGUUGAGAGGGAAUGCGGUGGGUGACAGCCACGAACCCCACCCUUUCCUCACGUGGCCUUGAAGACUCGGUGAGCAGCGGAGGCCACCAAGCCCCGUCACGCGCGGAGAAGGGAGUGGGUUGAUCGGGUUUGUGGCUGUGGUGCAACCCAUUAUCCGGGACUUGAUUUGGGGGAAUGAAAGAAUCUUACAGAAGCUGCCUGGGAACAAAAUCACCCGAUUCUUUGGUCUCUGCUUCCUUUUCAUUCAUUCGUUCAAUAUCUGUGUAAUGAAUGCUUGCUGCGUGUCGGGCCCAUCCUAGACAACAGAAACAAGGAGGCUAGACGGUACAAGCAAAUAAAUGAACGAUCUCAGGUGUGUCUGUCAGCUGCACAUCGACAUCUCUGCAGGAGAAGAUGGCCUUCAAGUGCAUCACUCAGGAGACCUUUGAUGCAGCUGUGCAGGAGAACAUUGAGGAGUUUUCAAUGGGGCCAGAAGAGGCAGUGAAAGAAGCCGUGGAGCAGUUUGAAUCACAAGGGGUUGAUCUGAGCAACAUUGUAAAGAUGGUGCCUAAAGUCUCUGCAGAUGGUCUCCAGGAGCCCACACACAACAUCCUGCAGGUCCUGGACGACCUUCAGAAGUCUGUGGCCUGCUUGCACCCCGAGGAAGUAUCAGCACACCUCAUCCGCUUCUGUGACCAGUGCAAGCAGGACAAGGCCUGCCGCUUCCUGGCAGCCCGGAAGGGUGCCUAUCCCAUCAUUUUCUCUGCCUGGAAGCUUGCCACUGCAGAUAACCAGGGCCUUCUGCUCCAGGCUCUUAAUGCUCUGUCGGCACUGACUGAAGGCCAUCCAGACCUCCUGGACACCCAGGGCCUGCAGUUGCUAGUAGCUACGCUAGCCCAGAACACCAGUGCAGCUGAUUUGACCUGCUCUGGGAUCCGUUGUGUGCGUCACGCCUGCCUAAAACAUGAACAGAAUCGGCAGGGCCUGGUAAAGGCUGGUGUGCUGCCCCUUCUGACUAGCGCCAUCACCCAGCACAGCCACCAUGCUGACGUGGUCAGGGAGGCCUGCUGGGCCUUGCGCAUCAUGACCUUUGAUGAUGACAUCCGUGUGCCCUUUGGCCAUGCCCACGACCAUGCCAAGAUGAUUGUACAGGAGAACAGAGGCUUGAAGGUGAUCAUCGAGGCUGCCAAAGCAUUCCCUGACAAUCCUGGAGUCCUCAGUGAGCUCUGCAGCACCCUGUCCCGCCUGGCUGUUCGCAAUGAGUUCUGCCAGGAGAUCGUUGACCUCGGGGGCCUGAGUGUCCUGGUGUCCCUAUUGGUCAACUUUAGUGACCACCAGGACCUUGUGAAGCAAGUACUGAGUGCCCUGCGUGCCAUUGCAGGCAACGAUGACGUGAAGGAUGCCAUCGUACAUGCUGGCGGGACAGAGUCCAUCAUAGCCACCAUGACCCAGCACCUGGCCAACCCCCAGGUGUGUGAACAGAGCUGCGCGGUUCUGUGUGUCCUGGCCCUGCGCAAGCCAGAGAACAGCCGGGUCAUCAUGGAGGGCGGUGGGGCCCUGGCAGCCCUGCGGGCCAUGAAGGCACACCCACAGGAGGCUGGCGUACAGAAACAGGCCUGCAUGCUGAUCCGCAACCUGGUGGCUCGCAGCCAGGCCUUCUCACAGCCUAUCCUAGAGCUGGGGGCUGAGGUACUCAUCACACAGGCUCGAGCAGCCCACCGUGACUGCGAGGAUGUGGCCAAGGCUGCCUUGCGGGACCUGGGCUGCCAUGUUGAACUCCAAGAGCUGUGGACAGGCCAGAAAGGCAACUUGGCACUAUAACCCCAGACCCAGUCUGGAUUGUGACUGGGUAAGUCAUUUGACUCAAGAAUGGGAGAGAUCCAUGUCCUGCUACUCUCCCCCAUCAGGUCUGUCCUCCCUACACCCCCACAGCAAGAGGUGUUUUCUAACAGGCCCUAGGGAAUGGGAAUACUGGGGAGUUAUAAGGCAGAAAGCGAUCCCUGGGUCCUGGUUUCCCCCAGGUUCAGGCCUCUCCUCACCAGCUGGCAGCAUUGACAUCAUUGUCCUGCCCUUCCUCUCCCACCCAAGUCCCCUUCCUACCAUGAGAGGAGAAGGGCAUAUCCCAAAGCCCACUGUCCUAUCUAAAAUUUGGAAGCUACUAUGGGCCAUUCUCAGAACAGGGCAGGCCAUCUUAGAAGAGUUGGGACCCCUGGUGCCUGCUCCUACAAGUUCAGGCUUCUGCUUCUCAUUUUUCUCACCCAUAAAAUGGAUCUCAGAUACCUUGCUUAGCUGGCUAAGGGUCAGGGAACAUGGCUUGUUCAUCUCCAGGUCCCAGGCCAGCUGUGGUGCCUGAUAAUAAAAGAUUAUUGGAUGAACAUUGAAAGGGUCUCUUCCAUGGCUUAGCUGGGUAUCAAGGGCUACAGCCAGGGGCCUCAGAGAAUUGGAAAGGAUGGACAUAUGGGAAGGCCAUGGGGUCACUGAGGAUAGCAAAUAAGUUUUGGGAACAGCCUGGGAUAUUUGAUCUGCUGUCGUCCUCAGAGAAACAUGCUGCUGAGGGCAUGGUUAGGGGUCACUGUUUCUGAGGGUACAUUCCUUUGGAGGGCCAAAAAGCUCAGCAUCUAGUCUCCACUCAACUCUGUAGCCUUGAGCAAGUGGCUUAACCUCUCUAGCCUCAAUUUGAUUCUUCUAAAAUGGGGAGUGGGGCAAUAACAGAUCCCUCUCUGAGAGGUGACAGAGAUAGGGUGGGCACAUCAGGGUAUUGUCUGAGCCCCACCACAGGCUGUAGCUGUGGUAGCCUACCUCCCCUCUCUGAGCCUUAUUUUCCUACUUGUAUGAUGCAGACCAUCAUCACUACACUCCUGCCCACCAGACCCCUCAAGUGUUCUGGAGGUCCCCAAGCAGCUGUGGCACUACAGACCCUGGCUUUUCUGCUCUGAGGUUAUACUCAGAAAUCAUACCAUGGUUACCAGGUUGCUGGUACACCCUGUGUGGCCCAGUUGGGUGGGGUAGGAGAGCCUCAGGACUCCUGGUGGUACCCAAACCUCAGAGGCCUCUCCUUUCUUGGACCUUCUCCAUUGCUUAUCACAUGCUUCCACAAACUCUAGAGGGCCUGAGCUUAGUCCUUGACCUUGGCAAAAGCCCUUUCCCAGAAGGCUCGUGGUUUCUGUGGAAAUUGACUGAUGCAAAUAGCUGGGCCAGGGAGCCCUAGUUUCAUCUCCUUAUAGUGUCUCUAUCUUCCCCACCCCCAGUGGGGAGGGGCCUGCCAAUUCAGCCAGGCCAAUGGGAACCUCUGACCCAGUCACUGAGGACUCCCUAGGAUGUGGGAGAAGGAUCUCAAGCUUCCCCCAGAUUACCCUGGGUUGACUUCUGGGUCAGCCACAUGUGUAUGACCUUUGACAGCUCCAUGACCUUGCGUAGUCCUCAGGCAUUGCUUCAUCUGUUAUAUAGCUGUGUGUGCUAUUAGCAGCCCUGUUAUUCCUGCCCCAGCCUUGACUCAAUCUGCUCAUGGCUCCCUAUUGCUCUCCACAUAAAACCAAACUAUAGGCUUGGAGCCUGUAACUCAGUGGUUAGGGUGUUGGUCAUGUACACCGGAGCUGGCAGGUUCAAACCCUAGCCCGAGCCUGCUAAAUAAUAGCAACAACAGUAAAAAAAUAGCCAGGCAUGGUGGGCACCUAUAGUCCCAGCUACUUGGAAGACUGAGGCAAGAGAAUCACUGAAGCCUAAGAGUUUGAGGUUGCUGUGAGCUGUGAUGUCAUGGCACUCAACCAAGGACUACAUAAUGAGACUCUGUCUCAAAAAAACAAUGAUGUGAUGGUACAUUUCAAAACUAUUAAGAAAUGAGUACAAUUGUGAAGGAUGUGUUACUUAGUUCAAUGUAAACAUUUCACAUUGUAUAUCGAAGCAAUACCCUGAACCCCAUAAAUGCAUCAAUGUACAAAGUUAUAAUUUAAUAAAAAAGUAAUUAA